AUGGCGACACAUAAGUUGGUCGUGGAGGUCGUAAAUGCUUGUGGUCUAAUGCCGAAAGGCGGGCAAGGUUCUGCCAGUGCCUGUGUCCAGCUCAACUUUGAUGGCCAGCGGUUCCGCACGGCUGUCAAGGAGAAGGAUCUAAAUCCAGUGUGGAACGAGCGCUUCUACUUCGACCUAACUGAUCCGUCAAAUCUUCCCGAGCUAGCUCUUGAUGCAUAUGUUCACAACGUCAAAAAAUCGGACGAUGGUUUCAGGUUGUCCGACCUUGGCAAGGUCAGAAUUAGUGGGACCUCAUUCUUGCCCUUCCCUGAUGCCAUCGUCAUGCAUUAUGUGCUGACGAAACGCUGGCUGUUGUCGCAUGUGAAAGGGACGCUGGCUCUGAAAGUAUACAUCACUGAUGACUCCUCAAUCACAGCUUCAAUCCCUUCUCGGCAGAUCUAUAGUUCGAAUAACCUGCAAAGCAUAUUACGGGAUCAGAGUUCAGGACCACACAAUAUACCAUUACAAAACUUGAAAGAAAUCACAAGCAACUUUUCUGAUGAGCGAAUACUUGGCCGGGGUGGUUCUGGUGUGGUAUAUAAGGGAGUGCUGCAAAAUGGAGAAAUGGUUGCUGUGAAGAAAAUUGUGUCCUCAUUAAUGCCAGGUCUGCAGAAGCAAUUUGAAAAUGAAGUCUAUCAUCUUAUGAUGCUUAAGCACCCCAAUAUAGUUCGGUGUGUAGGCUACUGCUAUGAAAUACAAAAUGCAUGCUUAGAGUACAACGGGAAGUUUGUUUUCGCAGAAAUGGCAGAAAGGUUGCUUGUCUUAGAGUAUCUGCCCAAUGGAAGCCUCGAUAAGUAUCUAUCAGAUGAAUCUUCUGGGCUUGGUUGGAGCACACGCUACCAAAUAAUAAAGGGGAUUUGCUAUGGUUUAUGUCAUCUUCAUGAGCAAAUUGAUAAGCCCAUUCUUCAUUUGGACCUAAAACCGGCCAAUAUAUUGCUUGAUGAAAAAAUGGAGCCGAAAAUUACAGACUUCGGUCUGUCCAGAUUGCUUGAUCAAGAACAAACUAUUUGCACUUCAUCUCGUGAUGGAACAUUUGGUUACAUGGCACCAGAAUUCCUACACGGAGGUACCAUUACACCAAAGUCAGACAUAUUCAGUCUCGGUGUAAUAAUAUUGGAGGUAAUAACGGGACACAGGGAGUACGUGGAUGUUACUAAUACAUCUCCUGACGACUUCAUCGAGCUUACACUUAGAAAAUGGAGGAAUAUGUUAAAGAGAACACCGAGAAAUAUACCCCUAGAAAUGGAAUGCCAACAAAUUGAAAGAUGCAUUGAGAUAGGUCUAAUAUGCGUGAGUCUAGAGCGCAUGGAAAGGCCUCCAAUAACAAAAGUUAUCAAUAUGAUUCAAGAACUUGAUUGCAGUACUACCGCAUCAUCAGUUGCAGAGCCACAGACCGGCUCAACCCCGGGGCUCAGUCAGCAAAUAUCUGUUGACCUCGUAGCAAGGUAUGAGGACUUGGGGAGCAUUUUCGCAGGAAAAUUGCCACCAACGUUGUCGAACCUAGAACAUGCCCAGGCUCUGCAAAAAGGCCGGCUCCGUCACUGGACAUUACCUGGAUUUUUCAAAUCUACCAUAACAGUAGAUUCUAUGCCGAAAAGUUUGCCAAAGCUAAGUCGCCAGGAGCUUCGAGUAGCCUGUGAGGAUUUUAGCAACAUUAUUGUCUCACCUCCGGAGACUCUAGUCUACAAAGGCACCAUGAAGGAUGGACGUGAGUUUUCUCUGAUAUCAUCACAGGCUGGACGUCAUUGGAGUAGCCAGCAUGAACUAUUUUACAAAAACAAGGUUAUUUUUCUGGCAAGAUUGAUUCAUGAGAAUAUAGCCACGUUUCUGGGCUAUUGCAGCGAAAGUAAACCGUUUGACAGAAUGAUAGCCUUUGAAUACUCAUCAAAUGGUACCAUUUACGAGCAUCUACACUAUGGGGAAAAAACCCAAUUAUCUUGGGACACACGAAUGAAGAUAGCCAUUGGUAUUGCCCAAGGAUUAAGGUAUUUGCACACUGAGUUGCAGCCUCCAUUUCCUCUAUCAGAACUGAAUUCGAGUUCAGUUUAUCUUACAGAAGAUUUUACUCCAAAGCUUUUUGAUUUCGAAUGCUAUAAAAUAAUGUUCUCAAAACUUGAUACGACAAUCGGCCAACAUGCUGACAUCCAAGGCAAUACAUUUUCCUUUGGUGUGAUUUUACUGGAGAUCGUAAGUGGACAACUUCCCUAUUGCAAGGAAAAAGGACAUUUGGUUGACUGGGCUAUGAAGUACCUCCAGCAGCCUGAGGAUAUCCGAAAGCUAGUCGACCCCGAGUUGACAUACGUACGGACAGAGGACCUGGUGGUGAUCUGCAGCGUGGCGAGUCGCUGCAUACAUCCUGACGCAUCGAAGCGACCGUCGAUGCAGAUCAUUGCAGGAGUGCUGGAGACCGGCAUCGUCCUGUCUGCGGCCGGCCUUAUCAAGGAGUCCUCUUUGGAAUACGCUGAGCUUGCUUUGUCGGCGUUCAAUACCUUUAGACCUCAGUCCCACUGUCCCGCCCCCGAUCCAGAAACGCCCGGCGCCGCCAUCGUCGGUCACGCCUGCAGCACCCUUUCUGUCGCCACCGAUCUAAGAUCCCGCGGCCUGAUCCGCUCCACCGUGACCCGGGACGCCACUGAGAAGUUGCACCUGCCGAUGCACGUCGUGGCCAGCGGCGGUGUUCAAGUACCACACUGA